CAGAUCGCCGUUCGGAUCAUCCACUUCCAAUCCGACUAUCAAUCGAACCACCUGCUGUUGUGGGUGGACAACGGCAACCCCGUCGUCGAAAUACGUGUCCAGGCUUUCGCAAGCACGGAAGACGCAUUUGUUCGUUGAGCUUCCUGUCUGUCUCUUUUUUCCAUUCUUUUUUGUGUGAAAAAAAUGACGGUACUAGCGAAGGCAACAAUCUUUACGAUCCUGUUUGUCGUGGCGACGAUUGGCGUGGAAGCUGUGCGGGAUAUACCCGAGUUCCUGCAUAUUUGCCAAAUACACGACCCGCAAUAUGAAACAUGUGUCGGCAACAGUAUAAAUACUUUGAAACCGUAUCUUAAGGAGGGCGUACCGGAAUAUAAUCUCCCUACUAUGGAGCCUCUUAAAUUGAAGAAAUUAUCAGUUUCUCCAACAAGCAGUAUGCGAAUACAGAUGACCGAUGUCAACGUAUACGGUGCCAGUAACUUCGAUGUUGUUAAAAUAAAAUGGAACUUUGACAAACUAUUCUUAGUGGUGGAUGUAGUAUUGCCUAAUCUCUCCGUUCAAGGCAAAUAUGACAUCGACGGGAAAAUAUUGUUACUUCCGAUUCGCGGAUCAGGUCCGACGAACGGCAACUUUUCCAACUGCUUCGGCAUAGCCAAGAUCCAGAGUGAAAGAUUCUUUGAUGAGAACGGCAUCGAGAAAAUUCGUGUAGUAGACUUUAAGAUGAAAAUCUCAGUGGACAAAGGCACAUUGAAAUUUGACAAUCUGUUCAAUGGCGAACCAAUACUCGGAGAUCUUAUCAAUUCGUCUAUCAACAAAAAUUUCGAUCUCUUUAUGGUGGAAUUUCUGCCAUUGGUGGAAAUGGCUCUCUCUGACGCGUUUAAAAAAAUCAGCAACAAUAUUAUUCAGCAGUUUUCGUUUACACAACUCUUCCCCGAUUUGUAAAUCUAUCUCGGUGAUCGAGGACUAGAAAACAGAGAUUAAGUUUGAAGAUUUACCGCAACAUUUAUAAGAGCGGGAUGGAAGAAAAUUUAGGGAAAAUUUAAGGCUACUUUUCCCUUUUCCCGUUGAAUCCUCUUUUUGCAUGUGUACAUGCUUGAUUAAGGUUCGCAUUAACAUUGAGAUAUUGUAAUAUAUUUAAUUUCGAUGUAAUCUAGAACUCAAUUCUAACAGUAGGGAGGGAAAUGGGAGAAUUGUAAAUAUCAUUAUACACAGAACGAAAUAUUGAAAUAUUAAUGAUUGAUGAUUGCGCAAAUUGUUCCGAUGAAUCUGAUUUAGAGUCUCCCAAUAUUCGUGAGAUUUGUUUAUUUAAUUGCGUAUAUAGUACUAUUUUAAGAUUAAAACGGCAGUGAAUUGAUUGAGUAUCUGUAAAACAUAAAAGAAUAAGGAUAAUUUUUAAAAAAUAUCAAGAUGAGAUAGUUAAAAAGAUGCGUCUUUGAAAAUAUUUGUGAAUUUUACACGUUUAAAUUUUACAAAUUUUAAAAGUUUUAUGAGAGAGAAACUUUUUAUACAAUUUUAUUAGAGAAAAAAUUUUAUGUCAUUUAAUCACGCGCGCGCAAUAUUUGAAUUUGUUAUCAUUGUUCUGAAAUACAGCAACUAUUUGCAUAUGAGCUGCUAAAAUAAACACUUAGAAUUAGACAGGGCAUAUUUGAUUGAUCAAAAAUCAAGUUCUUUUCUGCGAAUACAACAAUAGAACACUGUACAGCGAAACUCUUGAUUCCGAUUUAUUUUGAUUUAUUUGUUAUUGAUAAGUAAAAGGUCCGAAUAAAGGUGUGGCGAUAUAACUUAUCGACGCAUAGUUAGCAACAUGUUUUUAAACAAAAAUUUAAUUGAUAAAAGACUUAUUAAGAUCAGUAAACGAGAUUUUAUAAAAUAUAAUUAUAAAUGCGUGAUGUAUAACAUGGCAAUUUUGUUUUAUAUUGUUAAUGAGAGAAUAUGUACAUAUCGAGAGAUACUAAUAAAUUUAACAGAUUAUGAAUUGUUAAAUAAAAUUGUUAACCGUA